ACAACAAAUAGAGGAAACCGAACAGUCAUUUAAAUACUACUCCUCCUUAAUCCUUUCGAAAACCGUCGGAUUAACAUCGGAAAAUCAAAUGAUUUCAAAUUCAACGGCGAUCCUCAUUCCUCUGUCAUGAUCUCAUCACCUAAGCCGCGGAUGGAGAGAAAGAGGCAUUUGAUCCUUCCUUUUGUCUUCUUUUUCGAUCCAUUUUCCCCCUCAGUCUCUCCUCCAUUUUCUUUCAUAUUCUUUUGAUUUCUUCUUUCUCUCUGAAGAAGAAAACAAGAGAAGAAAUUGAAAGAAAACAAUGGACCCCUAAAAUCGCUUUUAAGGUUUGGACUAUCGGAAUCGAUUUUCGUCAAAGAUCGCACCUUUUUCUCCCUCGGAAUCAGGUAUCCACGCGAAUCGUUCUAUCAUAGGGCUUCGCAUUAAGAAUCUGCAUCUCCUAUUUGUGUCGAAGAUUGAAUUUAUAGAAGUGGACAUUGGGGGUUACGAUUGAUUGAAUUGCGAAAUUAGGGAACCCAAUUUUGUGACACUUGCAGAAGUGGCCUUCUUGUGAUUUGGGGGAAGUUGAAAAGGGGGAAAAAAGGACUUGAUUCUUGUGAUCGGGUGAGGAAGAAAGGGGGUUCUGUGAAAUUGGGGGGCAAUGGAAAUGGAUAAUAUUUCUUCAAUAGAGGGAAAUGAAGAUGAGGAGAUGCAGUCAGCAGUUUCUCACUGCAAUCAAAAUGCUCAUUCGCAUCAGUGUUCUUCCAAGCCUCUCAGCGGGUUCGUGGCUCGACUGGCGCCAACCAGCGUGCACGAAUUGCUCGAGUGCCCCGUGUGUACGAAUUCGAUGUACCCACCCAUCCAUCAGUGUCACAACGGGCACACACUCUGCUCCACUUGCAAGUCGAGGGUGCAUAAUCGCUGCCCUACCUGCAGACAAGAGCUCGGGGAUAUCAGGUGUUUGGCACUAGAGAAGGUUGCGGAGUCACUAGAGCUUCCCUGCAAGUUUUUCUCACUGGGGUGUGCCGAAAUAUUCCCGUAUUACAGCAAACUCAAGCACGAAGCAGUUUGCAACUUCAGACCAUACAGUUGUCCGUAUGCUGGAUCAGAGUGCUCGGUCACAGGAGACACUCCUCACCUGGUUGCACAUUUGAGAGACGACCACAAAGUGGACAUGCACACAGGGUGCACCUUCAAUCACCGCUAUGUCAAGUCAAACCCCCGUGAAGUUGAAAACGCAACGUGGAUGUUAACAGUAUUCCAUUGUUUCGGGCAAUAUUUCUGCCUCCAUUUCGAAGCGUUCCAGCUGGGGAUGGCGCCCGUGUACAUGGCGUUCCUCCGUUUCAUGGGUGAUGAAGCUGAAGCGCGCAACUACAGCUAUAGUUUAGAGGUGGGAGCGAACGGGAGGAAGCUGAUAUGGGAGGGGACGCCGCGGAGCAUUCGGGACAGCCACCGCAAGGUGAGGGAUAGUCACGACGGGCUGAUCAUCCAACGGAACAUGGCGCUGUUUUUCUCGGGCGGUGACAGGAAGGAGCUUAAGCUUAGAGUUACUGGAAGGAUUUGGAGGGAACAACAGAACCCUGAUGAUGGGGUCUGCAUACCAAAUCUUUCUACCUAACAAAAUUCAUUCUUUUUUUUUCUUCCUCUUUGGAUUUUGGUUUCUUUGGGUGGUUGUAUAUGUAUGAUAUUAAUGUGCCUGUGCUUCUCUUCUUGCUAAUAUGCAACUUUGUAAAAAAAAAGUUCAAUUGUGAGAUGAGUCUCUCAACAUCAAUCUUCAUCAUAUUUUACACUCUUA